ACAGUCAAAAUUCGGAGUCUUUACGAUUACCAUUUAAGGCUUAUGCAUGGUGUAAUGCCACCACCUUCAGGAGUCGAUAUAGCUAACACCAUAAAAUAUUUUUCGCAAACUUUGCUGACUGUAUUAAAAGAUGUGCCUAGUUCGCCUUUAGAAUUACUAAAAGACUCAGAAAAUGAUUCAGCAAGAAUGAGUCUUUUUCCAAAUUUGGAUUACAAGGGUUUAUAUAAUUCCCUUAUUCCUUUAAUAGAGACUGCACCCUUAAUACAAAAUGGAAUUAAUGCGUUUGGAUUAGCUGUUCUUCAGUGUUUGGGGUGUUUAUUACCCUUUUUAGAAACAGAAACUAUUGACUAUUUGCCUUAUUUAACAGCCUCAUGUAUAGCUGUAUUUCCAAGUACCUUGCAUCAAGAAAUUGUCAAUACGUUGUGUUUUUAUGUCCUUCCGUUUACCGUUACUCGCUACACGGAAAGGGAAUAUGAAAUAACGCAGUCGGUUUCCGCGGUUAUUAUGAUGAUAUUUAAUCAUUCCUCAAAUCCAGCACAUCAUUGUCAAUUAUUGGAAUGUUUAAUGACCCUAAAGCAAUCGAUAUUAAAGGAUCUCCUUUGCGUAAUAGCUUACGGUACAAGUACUGCGAGAUCUUCAGCAGCAAAACUUUUAUUUUAUUAUUGGCCUGCUUUUGAUCCCAAUCUCUUUGAUAGAAAGGGACUUAUUUGUAAACUAGGGGGCGAUCCUGCACCUUUUGUAUGCCAAAGAGACAUGUGUUCAAAUGCUGGGAAUGCUGAAGCAGCGAAAGUAUGUUAUGAUCAUUGUAUAGUGUAA